CUCAAGUACUCCACUCUUCUCCAUAAGUGUGUUAAUGUUUUUAUGUGAAUUCACACUUGAUAAAGAGAUGAAGCUCUGCUUUCCAUGCUUCUGUCCUUCAUCUUCUUCCAAGAUUCACAGGAGCAAGUGCAAACGAGUAAGCGCGGCAGGUCUUCAAACUUUUCAAGCAUUCACAUACAAUGAACUCAAGGCUUCCACCAACAAUUUCCGCUCUUCCAGUAAGAUUGGCAGAGGAGGAUUUGGCACUGUCUAUAAGGGGAAGCUUGAAGACGGAAGAGUGAUUGCUGUGAAAAUGCUUUCAGUGGAAUCGAAGCAAGGAGACAGGGAAUUCAUGGCUGAGAUAGCUUCAAUGUCAAAUGUCAGCCAUGACAACCUUGUGAAGCUGCAUGGCGGCUGUGUCGACGGCGCUCAUAGGAUCAUUGUUUACGAAUAUCUCGAGAAGAACAACCUUGCUCAAACCUUGCUAGGUGGGAAGGAAAAGAGGAUGAAAAUUGGAUGGAAAACAAGAUAUAGAAUUUGCCUGGGGAUUGCCCAAGGACUAGCCUACAUCCAUGAGCAAGUAAAGCCUCACAUAGUGCAUAGAGACAUCAAAGCAAGCAACAUCCUUCUUGAUCGCAACUUUGCUCCCAAGAUCUCAGACUUCGGCCUCUCCAAGCUAUUUCCUGACGACAGCAUCACUCACAUUAGCACUCGAGUUGCCGGCACACUAGGCUAUCUUGCUCCGGAAUAUGCUGUAACAGGACGUUUAACCCGAAAGUCAGACAUCUACAGCUUCGGCGUGCUGCUUCUAGAGAUUGUCAGCGGCCGAUCGGCGGUUGACUUCAACCUUCAUCUUGGGGAACACUAUCUUGUUGAAAGGGCGUGGGACCUGUACAACAGGAACAAGCUCGUGGAACUGGUCGACCCUAUGCUGGCCGGAAAGUUCCCGGAAACGGAGGCCGUGCGGCUGCUGAAGGUUGGAUUACUGUGCGUGCAAGAGGCGUGUGGUCUCAGGCCGAGGAUUUCGAGGGCCGUGAGGAUGAUAGUUGGCGAGAUCGAGGUGGACCGCCUGGAGAUCAUGCAGCCCGGCCUCAUCACCGAUAUCACGAACAUCAAGAUCGCCGACCGCCAGUCGUCGCCGCUGACCACCAUCUUCGGCAGCGGCCACAGUCCGCAGAGUUAUUUAUUUUUUGAAAAAUAAUGAUGACGUUAACGAGAAUUGACCUCUAGACAUAAAAUAAUAAGAUAGGAGAUUAUUUCAUUGAAAAACAAUACAUAUAUUGGAGAGAGAGAGAGAGAGAGAGAGAGAGAGUAAUAAGAAUGUUUGAUGUAUUCAUAUAUAUGUGAGUUGUGGAAUCUUGAAUAUGAACGC